AUGGCACGCGAUGUGCAUGUGCAUCUCACGGCCAUAUGUGUCGUUGUGUCCUUUUCAUGGAUUUCGUAUAAUUUCGAGAGACAUGCCUUGGUUGAAUGGCCUCGGUUGUCUUCCGUUCUCAUCUUUGUGAUAUCGGGAGCCCUGACAUGGCUUGCAAGUUAUCUCUCCAAAUGGCUGCCAGGAGCUGAUGGCAGGUUUGAUGAGAGCAAGGAGUCGUUGAAAGGCACAUUUGAGCCAUCAAUCCCAGCAAGGCCAAGGCGUUACUUUAUCCCCUUGCUUGUCUUCCUUAUUUUCCUCCGUUUGGAGCUUUUCCAUCGAGUUACGGCGCAGUUGCAGUGCUCAACACCAGGAGUUCAGUCCUUUUUAUGCAGCCUGUUGGUAUUUUAUGACAUCUUCUUCUGUCGACGGCCUUCUCCACCUCAGAUGAAAGAGCAAACACCUUGGGAUAGUCCCUUAGAUGACCUGCUAAGGUGGCUCAACACCGCCCCCAUCACGAUGCUCGUGAGUACUGUCAUUUUCGGUUAUGGAACUUUCCUUGCCGUUGGCCAGGGACCCCGUUCGACUUAUUUUUGCUCUGCCAUUCUGGAUAGUUGGAUCUCGACACUAGCUCUCCAGCUCCUCGGUCUACUCCUAGAUGCCGCCAUCGCCAUAGUCCUACACCGCAUACUCUCCUGGACAAAGACCACCAAAUUGCGUCUGAAAACGCUUGGGGCAAUUCAGGCGCUCACAGGAGUUUUUAUCAAAAUCUUUCAGAUCCUCAUAUCGCCCUUUGUUUCAUCUAGCGAGGGAUACCCGUCAUCACUUAACGGUGUCGACUCGUUGUACUUCUUCGACAUAUUCAUCGACAGCUUUACGUUCUCCGUGUUGGUCAGCUUGCUUACUAUACUAGUCUGCGAAACAAGCCCAGCUAUGCCAGCUAGUAUUAUAACUUUCGUAUCAGGCAUGUCAGCAGCAAUCCAAAACAUUACUCGCAUAGGGGCAUGGCAUAUCCCGUCGAAGUCUGCCGCUAUUAUGCCAACGUACCUUCUCUAUUUGGGCUUCAGUAUCUUCCUGUACACCUCUAACAUGCGAUCCGUCUUGUUCAUUCGGAGAUCUUUCAUCGUUGCUCUACUACCGCUCCUUCUUGUUGGCAUGACUGUGUUCGGUUUCUUGAAAUCCGACACGGUUAAGGGUCAUCCCAUUGAGGGAGAGAUCUACAAUAAUAGAAUACAAGCAGACCGAUGGCUUCGCCUAGCUUCUACAAGCGACAGCCUCCGCGUAGCUGCGCAAGUCUAUCAAGAGCGGCACUAUGGGCGAGAUCCGCCACCGAACUUUGACAAGUGGUAUGAAUUCGCCAAAGAGCGCAAGUCGGUCAUUAUCGACCACUUUGAGCAGAUGGAGAGCGAUAUUCUCCCUUUCUGGGGAAUCAAACCGGAGACUAUUCGGCAGGCCUACAACGACAAACUUCUCAAGGAACAGCGGAUGGCAGUGAUCACGAUUCAGAACAAGAAAGCGGCUCACAAUUACAAAUGGGAUGAUGAACAUCGCAAAAUGCUUGACGAGUUGAUCAACACGAUCAAUCUCUUUGUUGUGCAUUUAUCAGACAUGAAAAUACCAAUCAAUCUAGCCGACCAGCCUCGAGUGCUCACGCCUUGGUCUGAUCUGACCAGAUACACCACUACUGGCAAGAACUCUGCUAAGAAGUUCAAGCUUCUGUCAUCACGCUCAGUGGACGAGCCAGGCGGACAGACAGCAGCACAGCCCCCCAAGGUGGAAGAAGUUACAAACGAAAUAUUCAUACCUAGUAAUCAAAACUUGGCGAAUGAAGUUGCGAUAGGCUUGCCUCCAGUCCCACCGCAGUCGAGUGCGAUGGCAUAUGCCUCUACCAAAGCAUUCAGAGAAUCGGAGGCCUCGGUGUGCCCUGCAGGCAGCCCAGGAAGAUCGGGCCUUCACUGGAACAUACGAGACUUUUGCUCUUCAUGCGUCAAAUACCACUCUGACAACCAGCUUAUUUGGAGCUGGGCGGCAUCAAAGAGUUUAUGUGAGCAGCAAGACAUAACUCGCCUUCAUAGCUUCCACAUGUCAGCCCCAAAACUCGACCCGAUCCGGGAACUGUUACCCGUCUUUAGCAGAUCCAAGGCCGAUGGCUUCAACGACAUUCUGAUCCCCCUCCCGCCCUUGGACAAUGAGGUUGCUGAUGUCAGCAAGCAAUUUCGCCAGCGCAAGGAUGAGCUUUACUGGCGAGGCACAAUCGGCGAAGGCCCCAUUAGUGAUGAGUCUCUACGGGGCAGUCACAAGAGCCGACUCGUCCAUUUGAUCAACAAUGCCACGGCCGCAGACCAGGUGACGAUGAUGGUUCUCGCACCUGCACAGAAGGACUACUUUGGCUACGAGAUCGUGCGCGCUACGGAGGCAAAUAAGAUUCUACCCUUUAAUAUCGGGAUCUCGGACUAUGCCUGUGAGGGUCCGGCGUGCGAUGUUGCGCGCGCUGAGCUGGGCCAGCGGGCCGGCAACGAGGACCCCCUGGAGUAUCGUUACGUGUUCUUGCUCGACGAAGACUCCGGCCCGCCUAAAGACUUACUUCGGACUAUCCGUUCGCCGGGCAGUGUGCCGGUCUUGACAUCUGUGUUUGGAGAGUGGUACUCUGAGCGGCUCAUCCCCUGGCUUCACUUUGUGCCAAUCGACCUGAGAUAUCAUGCGCUGCACACCACGAUGGCAUACUUUUUUGGGCUCAAGGACCGAGGCAAGGUCAAUGGUCGCAAUAUCGAAACAGAAUCCCGGUGGGAGGAUGGCGAAUGGAUCGCCACACAGGGCAAGCGGUGGGCGGACCAGGCGAUUCGAAAGGAAGACAUGGAGAUUUAUCUGUUCCGGCUGCUACUUGAGUGGGGCCGCGUGGUGAGUGACGACCGGGACAGUAUCGGAUUCCGGCUUGAAAAGUCAUAG